UUGUCAAAAGAUCUUUGCAGAGAAGAAAUCUUGCAAUGGAUUUUGGACCUAAAAGACUGCAACAAGCGCGAAAAUGCUCUCUUAGAGUUGAGCAAGAAGAGGGAUAGCGUACCUGAACUGCCGAUCUGGCUAUGGUACUCUUUUGGAACUAUGGCUGCUUUACUACAAGAGGUAAUUGCUAUAUAUCCAGCCAUAAUGCCUGCUAACUUGACUGCAGCACAAUCAAAUCGAGUUUGCAACGCUCUGGCAUUGAUGCAGUGUGUAGCAAGCCACAAGGACACGCGAGGACCAUUCUUGCAAGCCCAUAUCCCUUUAUAUCUAUAUCCAUUUUUGCAUACGACGAAAACUUCUCGUUCGUUUGAAUAUCUUCGCUUAACAUCACUCGGUGUAAUAGGUGCUUUAGUGAAGACUGACGAAAAAGAGGUCAUAUCUUUUCUUUUGUCUACGGAGAUAAUACCGUUGUGCCUGCGAAUCAUGGAGCAAGGAACGGAGCUGUCUAAAACUGUUGCUACGUUCAUUCUUCAGAAGAUUCUUCUAGACGAUACUGGCUUGUCCUAUAUAUGUCAGACAUAUGAGCGGUUCAGCCAUGUGGCCAUGAUCCUUGGUAAAAUGGUGAUGAAGCUUUCCCGCGAUCCCUCGUCGCGAUUGCUAAAACAUGUGAUUCGCUGUUAUAGCCGUCUUAGUGAUAAUCCACGCGCUCAACAAGCUUUGCGCCAAUGCUUGCCUGAUCAACUCAAGGAUGAAACCUUCAAAGCUAUACUUGAUGAAGAUAAAUCCAGUCGCCAUUGGCUUAGGUCUCUCAUGAACAACCUUGACCGAGUUGGAUUGAUACAGUAAAA